AUCAAGCUAGAUUUUCAUGUUGAACAAGAAAAAAUAUCUUUUUACUCAGAGUUCACAUUUCUUAUACAAAUCCAGGAGGGACUCCGAUAUAAAAAGGACGGGUGUGUUCGUCAUAAAAUUUGAAAAGAACCUCUAAGAGGUGCCAAGGUCCUGUUUUGUGGGCAUGGCUUGAAUUUUUUUUACCCCUAAGGAGUAACAGUUCUAGAGAAGUACAUUAGCUCCUGUCAUAUUUUUUUUUUCGGCUCAAUACCCUAAAAGGUACCACAAAAGAUCGCGCUGUGAACUUUUUGAGGCUGAGCACCGCCGUACAUUUCCUUUAUUUUCUCACACACUGUACAUACGGGAAAACAUCAUUACACUCGAACCUAAAUUAUUACCUCAAGUAGUUUACGGUAUGAAUACUUACAUAAGUACCUUAGAUGUGUACUCCACAAUAAAGAGGUGUGCUGAGUUCCAACGAACUGUAACCGUUUUCUAAGCCACGGUCGUGCAAGCAACUCUCCCGCACCUCUGACAUGUAGUGACAAGGGUUUCCGUUGCGAGUGACUCAACGGCGUUAUUUCACUCUCAGUGUCCGUCAGAAGAGAGCUGCAUCGAUUUCCGCGAAACGAGGAAAACAGAACAUGAACACCCCCGGAUCUCUUAAUUCUCGACUGACUCAUGGACUUGCAUUGCAAAAUUCGGAGCGGAACUAGAAAAUAAAUUUUUGCAGCUAGGUGCUAUAUAUUCAACUGUCUUGACUGACAUGUGACGCGGAUUGUUUGUGGCCCGGGGGAUGUACCUAAAAAGGAGCUCCACCACAUUUAGCAGUGAUACAGUCGGGUACUGAUGCUAAUCGCGAGAAAAAGAAAAGAAAACAAAAAUAGAAAGAAAAUUAAAGAAAGCAAAAAAAUGUAAAUGAAAGAGACUCGGGGCCCGACCCGACCCCGACCCCGACCUGACCCCGACCCCAAACCUGACCCCGACCCCUCGAGUCCGCGUUUUACUGACAUCCGUCCCAAAAAAAUAUAAAAAAAGCGACUUCGGUCUCAGCUCCGACACAUGGUCCUCGUUUUACUGACACACCAAAAUCACCCCUUGAACUCCCCGCCCCGCGCAUCGCGCUCCGUCAAAAGUCAAAUUAACGCAGGUCCUGCGUUACUCAACUAACCAGCGUUCUUGACUACAUAGUAGGGGUGCAGCUCGACGCUGGGAGACAGACGGACGUUAUUUAUCUCGAUAUGAGUAAGGCGUUUGACAAAGUCGAUCAUGCCAAAUUGCUUGAUAUUGUUGUUUUUUUUUUUGCUUCCUCUUCUUUUUCUUUUUCUUUAUAUGUAAUUAGGCCGAAGCUUAAUAAAUAAAAUUUUCCCGCGCUUUAUAAAUAACCGCGCAACUGCUCUCGGGAAAAGCCGCUUCGUGUAGCAGCUGUCGUAGCAGCUGAUCACACUCGCGCACCCUCUUAGCGUAAUCAUCCUUUUAAGUUCCUCUUUAGUCUAAUAUCGUCUAACAGUAUGUUGUCGAUAUCUAGCUAAACUUCAGCAGAUGUCGCUUCUGCAUACUUGAACUUUUUCUUUCAUUCAAGCGGCCAAACUGAAAUAUGAGGAAUGGGUUUACAAGAGAGAGAGGAUCCCGUCGAACCGUCUGUGCGUUGACAGUUCUUCCAACUUUAACUGUUGUCAUAUUUCUCGUUGUUUGGAGACCGCUCUUGCUUCCGUAUUUCUUCAGAUAUGCGCAGUCGGUCAUUUCAGAAUUUAUGAACGAUAAACAGAGGUUUCAGGAGAAUGAACUAGUCCUGGCUCAAAAGGAAUGGAGAAUGUAUAAAAUUGAAAGUCGGUUUGGCCAAGAUUGGUGCAAAGACAAUAUGAAAAUAAGAAGUAAUGUAACAUGGCUGACCGCGUUGGUCAACGACUUAUUUGUGGUCCCUACGUUGGUUCUUGGUCACUCCAUACGCACUUUUUCUUGUCAGAAGAACAUGAUGGUGGUUAUUUCGGAAAAGGUGAGCGAGGGUGCGCGGAAAGCACUUCAGAGCGUUGGCUGGGAAACUCGUGUGGUUGAAGAAAUGGACUGUGAUUGGCUGGAUACUAAAUUGGGAGGUGACCGCAACAGUGGGUUGUUUGGGAAGCCACUUGGACACAGAAUAAAGGGAACACACACGCGAUUCCACGCCUGGAACUACACAGAAUAUUCUAAAAUCAUUUAUGUUGAUGCUGAUUACAUGCUAAUGACAAACAUUGAUCAUCUGUUCGACAUUCCAGAUGACUUUGCUGCCGCCCCUUGUUCCAGACCAGGUGUACUAGACCCUUGUUUCAAUGCAGGACUGCUGGUGUUCAGACCAGAUGCCAACUAUUAUCGAGAAAUUAUGAACCUGUGGCAAGAAACCACAAGAAUAGAUACGUGCCCUAAUGAUCAAGUUUUGCUCUGGCAUUACUAUGCUGACGUUGGUAACUGGAAGGCACUUCCCUAUGCAUACAACAUCAGACGCAUUAUCUUCAGACCCCUAAACUCAUUCCAUUUUGCCUGUUGUCGUCCACCUAAGCCAUGGUCUGCAGAGUGCAGACCAAGCAGAAGUGAAGCCAGUGAUUUUGAUGGACCAAUUCUUGUCCCUGAUGAUAUGGUAUUAACUUUCUGGAAGAAUUAUUAUGAAGUACUAAAGAAGCAUAAUUUAGAGGACUGGUGGAGGUCCACAAAGUUCUUCCGGCCAGCCCAGGAGUUUGGAGUUGUAUCAUACGCUGAUUGCUGGAAGGAGCUGCAGAAACCUAAUUGAUGUGUUGGAAUGGUCUUGGACGGGAUCAGUGUAAUAUUAUUUUAUUUAUUAUAUGGCUGACAGAAUUGCUUCAUUGUGAUUGGCUGAG